CGCGGCUUCCCCGAGUCUGAGGCGAAGAAGAAACAAGAUGGCGGUCGGCGGCGUUCCGGAGCGGGGCGCCGGCGUUCGGGACUAAGCCCUUCCCGGGCCGGGCCUCGGCGCUCCCUCCUGGGUCUCCGGCUCUCGCCCCCCCCCUCACCGCGCGGGGAAGAGGCGCUCCCGGAACGCCUGCCACCCUUCCCUCUCGGUCUCCCUCUCGGCCUCUCCUUCUCCCUCAGCCCGCCAGCCAGCGCCCAGCGAUGCGGGGCAGGCGAGGCAGGCCGCCCAAGCACCCGCCGCCGGCGGCUUCCAGAGCCGGGGCUUCGGCGGGUGCUUCUGCUGCUACCACCCCAGCGGGGCCCACCGGCGGGCUGAGGUCCCGCCUCCGGGGUAGCAGCCGGGGCAGGUGGGCGGCCAAGGCCCAGGCGAGUAAGACGGCAGGGCCCAGGUCGAGAGGGGCGGCGGCAACAGCAACAGCGGGGGGCUCGCCUCCCAGCCGCGGGGGCGGCCGGAGGAAAGGCGGCGGAGAGAGCAGCACCCCUGGCGGGGGAGGCAGUAGCGGCCGGGGAAGGGGCAGGGCGGCGGCGGCGGCAGGAGGAGGAGGAGGCAAGAAUCGCCACAGUAGUCAGGGCAGGGCCUCGUCUUCCCGGAGGAGCAGCAAAGUGGUCUACGACGACCAUGAGAGCGAGGAGGAGGAAGAAGAGAGCGCCUUAUCCGAGGAGGAGGAGGAAGAAGAAGAGGGAGCCGACUCGGAGGAGAAACCCGGCUCGGAUGAAGAGGUGGCCAUGGAGGGCGAGGAGGAGGAGGAAAACGAGGAGGAAGACGGCGGCGUCGGGGCAGGAGGCAUCCCCUCGGAUUGCCCUGAGGAGAUGGAGGAGGAGGACGACGACGACGGCAGCUACUGCACCGAGAGCAGCUUCAGGAGCCACAGCACCUACAGCAGCACCCCAGGCAGGAGAAGACAAAGAAUACAUCGUCCACGCUCACCAAUCUUAGAAGAAAAAGACAUCCCUUCUCUUGACUUGCCUAAAUCCUCAGAGGACUUAAUGGUGCCUAAUGAACAUAUAAUGAAUGUUAUUGCCAUCUAUGAGGUACUGCGGAACUUUGGCACUGUCCUGCGCUUGUCUCCUUUUUGUUUUGAGGACUUUUGUGCUGCUCUAGUCAGCCAGGAACAGUGUACACUUAUGGCAGAAAUGCACAUAGUGCUUUUAAAAGCUGUUUUACGUGAAGAAGACACCUCAAAUACUACCUUUGGUCCUGCUGACCUCAAAGAUAGUGUUAAUUCCACGUUGUAUUUCAUUGAUGGAAUGACGUGGCCUGAGAUUUUGCGGGUGUAUUGUGAGAGUGAUAAGGAAUAUCAUCAUGUUCUUCCUUAUCAAGAGGCAGAGGACUACCCUUAUGGACCAGUGGAGAAUAAAAUUAAAGUUCUGCAGUUUUUAGUGGAUCAAUUUCUUACAACAAACAUUGCACGUGAGGAAUUAUUGUCGGAGGGUGUGAUACAGUAUGAUGACCAUUGUAGAGUUUGUCACAAACUGGGUGACUUGCUUUGCUGUGAAACUUGCUCAGCUGUGUAUCACUUGGAGUGUGUAAAACCACCUCUUGAGGAGGUACCGGAGGAUGAAUGGCAGUGUGAAGUUUGCGUAGCACAUAAGGUGCCUGGUGUAACAGACUGUAUUGCUGAAAUCCAAAAAAACAAACCAUACAUUCGACACGAACCUAUUGGAUAUGAUAGAAACAGGAGGAAAUACUGGUUCCUGAACAGGAGGAUUAUCAUAGAGGAAGAUUCAGAGCAUGAGAAAGAUAAGAAAAUCUGGUACUACAGCACAAAAGUCCAGCUGGCAGAGUUAAUUGAAUGUCUUGACAAAGAUUACUGGGAAGCUGAUAUUUGCAAAACUCUGGAAGACAAUCGUGAAGAAAUUCAUCGACAUAUGGAUAUAACAGAAGACCUUACUAAUAAAGCACGGGGUAGCAACAAAUCAUUUCUUGCUGUAGCAAAUGAUGAAAUUCUGGAUGCAGCCAGAGUCAGAAGUGGUGAAACGCUGGAGAAUCAAAACUCAGUGACUGAUGAAACAGCAAAAGAAAAGGCUAGUGUUGAGAAUAAAGACAGCACAGAAAUUGAUAAUGGCAAAGAAGAGCUUUCAAACCAGCAGUCAGAUUCAAAUAACGAAAUGCUACCUAAAAAAGGAAGCAAAGAAGAACCAGCAGAUGGUGAUAAAAGUAAUUCCAUGACAUCUUCUGUUGGAGGCGACAUCACAAACCCUUCUGUAAAAGAAGCUAAUAAUUCUGAAGGAAAGAACAUAGUGGGAUGUAAGCCAGAAACUUUUAAUAAUAAUGAGGCUGAGAAGAAUUCAACAUCAGAGUCUCCCAAAAAUAUUACAGGUGAAACUCCUAGCCAGAAUAUUAGUUCAUCUGCUGAAGCAGUCUCGUCUGAACCAGAAAACAGCAAUAGCAGUGAACUAAAUUCUAUGCAGAGUGAAUCUGUAAAGACUUCUGCUGAAGUGGAAAAUAUUGAAGGAGGGUCCCAGAGCUCAGAGGAGCUAGGAGAUAAAUCUAAUGGUGAAAGAAGUGAAUCUCCAAGCAAUGGAAGAAGUACCCCUGGUUCCACACGGAUGGUCACCAGGUUACGAAAUCCAGAUAGCAAACUCAGCCAGCUAAAAAGCCAGCAGGUUGCUGCUGCAGCACAUGAAGCAAAUAAGCUAUUUAAAGAAGGCAAAGAGCUCCUCGUGGUUAAUUCCCAAGGGGACAUUUCCCGACUAAAUGCCAAGAAAGAAAUAGUGAUGAAAGGAAACAUCAACAAUUAUUUCAAGUUGGGUCAAGAAGGGAAGUACCGUGUCUACCAUAAUCAGUAUGCCACCAAUUCUUUUGCUCUGAACAAACAUCAACACCGAGAAGACCAUGACAAGAGACGACACCUUUCUCAUAAGUUUUGUUUGAGUCCUGCGGGGGAGUUCAAAUGGAAUGGCUCUGUCCAUGGUUCAAAGGUCCUUACAAUAUCCACUCUGAGGCUAACCAUCAUUCAACUGGAAAACAACACCCCAGCAUCCUUCCUUCAUCCCAAUUGGGCUUCUCACAGGUCUAACUGGAUCAAAGCUGUUCAGAUGUGUAGCAAACCAAGAGAAUUUGCAUUGGCUUUGGCAAUUUUAGAAUGUGCAAUUAAACCAGUUGUCAUGCUGCCAGUCUGGAGGGAAUCCUUGGGACAUACCAGAUUACGUAGAAUGACAGCUAUUGAAAGAGAAGAAAAGGAGAAGGUGAAAAAAAAAGAGAGAAAGCAAGAGGAGGAAGAGACCAUGCAACAAGCAACAUGGGUGAAGUACACAUUUCCUAUAAAACACCAGGUUUGGAAACAAAAAGGAGAAGAAUACAGAGUAACAGGAUAUGGUGGAUGGAUAUGGAUUAGUAAAACACAUGUCCAUAGAUUUGUGCCCAGAUUACCUGGAAAUACUAAUGUUAAUUAUCGAAAGUUGCUACCAGCAAAAAAUGGUACAGCAGCCAUCACCGAGAAACAGUGUGAACUGGAUAAGAGGAAAAAUCCAGCAAAAGUAAAAAUAGAACAUAGUUCUUCAAAAGACAAACUAAAAAACCACCAUGAGCUACACAAAAAGGACCAAAAAGAAACAGAAAAUUCUCAAGCCACAAAAAAAAGUUGUACAAAACAGGAAUUUGAAUUGAAAGAAGAAAAGGUGGAAAUUAACAAAUAUUUGGAGAAAUCGGUUUGUGCAAAAGAAGAGAAAAAAGAAGUUGGUGAAAAUGAUAAAAGCAUCAAGGAAGAACCCAUGGAGGUAGAUGAAGUGCAAAUGGAUACCUCCACAAAAUGUGAAGAAACUCCAAUCAGUGCAGAUUUAAUCAAUGUUAGUGAGGGUUUUCACUUAAGGACAUGUUACAAAAGAAAAGUAAAACCUUCAAAACUGGAUGGACUGCUUGAAAGAAGAGUAAAGCAGUUUACACUGGAGGAAAAGCAGCGACUAGAAAGAAUGAAGCUGAAAACUAAUGCUAACUCCUCAGGUUGUAAAUCUCUGACUCCACAGAGUGUGGAUGACCUACAAAAAGCUAUGGCAGGAGAAGAAAAACAGAUGGAUAUUUCAAGUAUUAAUCAAACUGAAGAUUCUGUCAAAGAACACUUGUCACCUAAUAGUCUGCACUUUACUAAAACUGUUGGACCAGUCCAAACUUUGCCUUGCUUAAACAGACUCUUAGAGGGAGAAGCAAAUAGAACCUCAGUUCAUUGCUCAGAUGCACAGACAUCGCUAGCAAAGGACACGAAUGAAAGUGUUUGUGAAGCAAUGGAAACAGAUAAAAUUCAAAUACAGAGCAAGGAGACAGACCUUGAUAGUUCUGUUAGCAAUGCCUCUAUACCAGCAGAAAGCAAAGAAAUAAGUAAGUGUGACACCUUAAAGGAUAAUACAAAAUGUUCAGAGCGAACAAAUAACCUUGUCUCUCAAUGUGAUAAUAUUAUUCAGCCAGGGGUAACUAAAAGUAGCUGUGAAGGACUUACUUCAUUUUUGAGUAAAAAGGGACAUGAAACAUUAAAACCUGAAAAGCAGUACACACAUUCUAUAGAAAUGUGUAGUUUAAAAGAUAACUCUGGAGUGACAUCUAUUCAACCAAAUGAUGUAAAAGAAGGUCCCUUGAAAAACAGUGAAGAUGCAUCUGAACCGAAGAUCGCAGUAAAUCCAAAACAGAUGCUUGGAGGCCUGAAAUCGCUACAUUCUGAGCUCAUUUCAGAAAAGGCGUUUGAAGCUCAGAUUCCUGACAUGAGGGAAGAAAAUAUUAUGGGCGAGGUAGUGAAAUCUAAAAUUACAGAAACAAAUGGUGAAAAGCAAGGCCAAGAGAAAUGUGUUCUACCAAGUUCCAAAAUCAAAUGCUUUGACCAAAUCAGAAGUCUUGCAGACAAAAAUAAUAACAAAAAUGGAGAAGUGGAUAGCCAAACAGAGAGAGAUAAACCAGAAACAUUUCAGAUUAAUGGAAAAGAUCCUGAUUUUAAAGUACUAUCUAAUGAAGAAUGUUUGAAAAGAGAGACACUUGCACAAACAGAAAGCAGUGUUGAAUCUAAAGUCAAUCAUAUUAAUAAAAAUAAUCCUUUAGUUAAACCAUUUUCUUCCAGUGAAUCUGUGAAACCAUUUAUGAAUGGUGAUAUCACUUCCGAAGAUAAAUUUGAGAGAGAAAAUUUUGGCACUGAGUUGUUACAGAGAUCUGAGGGUGCAGAUGGUGAUUCUAAAGCAAAUGACACCUCUCAAGAUAAUACAUCUGACUCUGCUCAAUAUACUGGAAGGAAGGAAGGUUCUGAAAGAUCUAGUUGUCUUGAUGAUGCAUCAAUCCCAGACCUCCAGUCCUGUAAUGAGCACAGCAUACAUAAGGAAAUGGAGUGCAUAGAAAUUGAAUCGUCUUGCAUUAAGAAACCUGCCCUGUCUCCAGUAACUUCAUGUGAGGAAUCCAGCUUGAGUAAUGACUUUGCUGAUCAGAAUGGAUUGCAAACACAUGGCAGAAUUGAAAACAUCAAUAGUGAAACUUCAAUAAAAACAGUUGUCACAGAGGUGACUACCACAUCGACUGUUUCCACCGAAUCCAAAACUGUUUAUAAAGUAUCAGAGCUCGCAGGCUUCAAAGAUGAUAAAGAACAUCUGGCCCCAUCUACGAAAAACUGUUCUGUGUCCACUUUAACUACCACCUCCACUACUGUAACAACACUUACCACUUCCAGUACAGAUAGCAAUACUGAUGUCACUUCUGUAAAGGAGCAAAGUAAAACUGUGGUAACAACAACAGUAACUGAUUCCUUAACUACUGCAGGAGGAACCUUGAUGACUUCUAUGACAGUCAGCAAGGAAUAUUCUACAAAGGACAAAGUGAAGCUAAUGAAAUGCUCACGACCUAAAAAGUCUCGUUCUGGAACAGCAUUGCCAUCUUACAGGAAGUUUGUCACAAAAAGCAGUAAAAAGAGCAUAUUUGUUUUGCCCAAUGAUGACCUAAGGAAGCUGGCAAGAAGAGGAGGGAUCAGAGAGGUUCCAUGUUUCAACUACACUGCUAAGCCUGCUUUGGAUAUUUGGCCAUAUCCAUCCCCUAGACCGACUUUUGGUAUCUCUUGGAGAUAUCGACUUCAAACCGUAAAAUCCUUGGCAGGGGUUAGCCUUAUGUUGAGGUUACUCUGGGCAUGUCUGAAGUGGGAUGACAUGGCUGCUAAACCCCCACCUGGUGGAGGAACUACUCGCACAGAAACAUCAGAAACAGAAAUUACAACCACUGAGAUUAUCAAACGGAGAGAUGUUGGACCAUAUGGAAUUCGAUCAGAAUAUUGUAUACGGAAAAUUGUUUGUCCUAUUGGUGUUCCAGAGGCUCCAAAAGAAACUCCUACACCUCAAAGGAAAGGUCUUCGAUCAAGUGCAUUGAGGCCUAAAAGGCCAGAAACUCCAAAGCAAACAGGACCUGUUAUUAUUGAAACCUGGGUGGCAGAAGAAGAAUUGGAACUGUGGGAGAUAAAAGCAUUUUCUGAAAGAGUGGAGAAGGAAAAGGCACAAGCGGUUGAGCAACAGGCUAAGAAACGGCUGGAUCAACAGAAGCAGUUACCUGCAGUAUGUGGUGCCAUUACAGUUCCGACGACAAGCAGCAUUGCAUCCUCAGUUGCCACGCCUCAGAAAGUUGUGGUGGGCCCCUUACCGCGCCCUAUGCCCAGUGGAACCAAAAUGGUCCUUGCCACUAAAGUCGGAUCUCCAGCCACAGUCACAUUCCAGCAGAACAAGAACUUCCACCAGACUUUUGCUACUUGGGUUAAGCAAGGCCAGCCUUCAGCAGCCACAAACACAGCUGCUACAUCAGCUACAACCAUUUCCAGCAGUGGUCAAACUUUCCAGAUUGCAAGCAGUCCAGUAACUAUGGCAGGCAAAGUGAUCACAAAGCUACCUCUACCUGCAAACAGCAAGAUUGUGGCUGUUAACGUACCAGCCACACAAGGAGGUGUAGUUCAAGUGCAGCAGAAAGUGUUGGGUAUCAUUCCAUCAACAACUGGAGCCAACCAGCAGACAUUCACUUCAUUCCAGCCAAGGACAGCCACUGUAACUAUUCGGCCUAAUAACACUGGGACUGUAUGUACAACAAGUGCUUCACAGGUAAUAUCUGGGACACCACUUCGGCCUGGAAUGACUGUCAUAAGGACACCACUUCAGCAAUCAGCGAUAGGAAAGACGAUCAUUCGAACACCUUUAGUGGUACAGCAAGGUAUUCUUCCAGCCAGUCAGCCCCAGCAAGUAGUCACCCAGAUUAUCCGAGGGCAGCCCGUCUCAACGGCUGUGUCUGGUUCGACCACAGUCUCUACAGGCCAGAAGAUGGUAACUGUGCCUGCGACACCUUCCCAGCACAUGCAGCCCCAGGCCACGUCCCCACACCUUCCUCGUCCUCAACAGGGCCAGGUGAAACUGACAAUGGCACAGCUCACACAGCUCACUCAAGGCCAGAGUAGUCAUGGUUUGACUGUGGUAAUUCAGGGCCAGGGUCAAACAACUGGUCAGUUGCAACUAAUCCCACAAGGGGUAACAGUAAUCCCAGGACCUGGGCAACAGCUAAUGCAGGCAGCUAUGCCAAAUGGAACAGUUCAGCGAUUUCUUUUUACACCAUUACCAACAGCGGCUACUGCAACUAGUUCUACGACUACAACAGUUUCAACUUCAACAUCAGCUUCAGGAGAGCAGAAGCAAACCUCCUUAGCACAGACACAAACACAGCCAAUGCCAGUGCUUCCAUCUGCCGAACCCCAGCCACUUCAGAAUCAGCUCCAAGCCCAGCCACAAGGGCCAUCUGAAGCUAGCCAACCUCCAGCUUCGACUCCAGCACAGAUGCAACCUGCUCAGUCUGCUAUUCAGGCUGAAACCCAGAAAAUCUCUGAAGCUCAGACUUCCACUUCACCUCCAUGUCCAACCGUUACCCCUGAAGCACAGCCAUCAAUAUCACAAUCCCCCGGAACUCCAGCUGUGUCUCCAGCUCCACCCCAGAGCCUUGUGCAAGGGCAGCCUUCAGCUCAAGUUCAAACCCAGUCCCCUGCCAUUGUACCUCCACAGACCCCACCCAGAGUCCAGACUGUUCAGCUAGAAUCUCAGGUACAGACCACCACCCAGCAGCAGGUUCCGAUGCAGCCACACUCAUCAGUGCAAAUCCAGACGCAACAGUCCCAGAUUCCCGUCUCAAUUCAGACUUUGCCAGCUGCACAAACUCUGAGUCAAGUUACAGUGCAGUCACCACAUCAUCAGCUGCAGAUAAAGCCACCACAAACUAAGGUUAUUACUGUCCCCCAGCUUCAGCCACAAGUCCAGGUCUUCUCCCAGCUUCAGUCUCAUGUUGUGGCACAGAUACAGGCCCAGCAAGGAGGGCUCCCUCAGCAGAUUAAGCUUCAGUUGCCGAUUCAGAUCCAGCAAGCUGGUCCCAUGCAAGCUCAUCAGAUCCAGAAUGUUGUAACUGUCCAGGCUGCCAGUGUUCAAGAGCAGCUGCAAAGAGUUCAGCAACUCAGAGAGCAGCAGCAGAAGAAAAAACACCAGCACAUUGAAAUUAAACGUGAACACUCCCUUCAGGCCUCUAAUCAGAGUGAUAUUAUCCAGAAACAGGUUGUAAUGAAACAUAAUGCUGUGAUAGAGCACUUAAAGCAGAAAAAGACAUUGACUCCUGCUGAACGUGAAGAGAAUCAACGAAUGAUAGUGUGCAACCAAGUAAUGAAGUAUAUCCUGGAUAAGAUUGAUAAGGAGGAGAAACAGGCAGCUAAGAAACGAAAGCGAGAAGAGAGCGUGGAACAAAAGCGUAGCAAACAGAAUGCAACAAAACUCUCAGCUCUGCUUUUCAAACACAAAGAGCAACUUAAAGCUGAAAUAUUGAAGAAAAGGGCACUUUUGGACAAAGAUCUACAAAUUGAAGUGCAGGAGGAGUUAAAGAAAGACCUGGCUAAAAUAAAGAGAGAAAAAGAAAAGGCGCAGGCAGCGGCUGCUGCUGCAGCGGCAGCAGCUGCAGCAAUAGCCGCAGCUCCGCCUCCGCCGCCACCUCCGCCGCCACCACCUCCACCACCUCCUCCUCCUCCGCCACCAUUACUGCCUCCUCCUCCUCCACCACCUCCUCCUCCACCACCACCACCACACUCUAGUAGUGUUGCAUCCACGACCACAGUCACAACAUCUCUGUCAUCCCAUAAGAGAAAACGAGAGGAAGAGAAGGAAUGUUCAUCUUCAAAAUCUAAGAAAAAGAAAAUGAUUUCUACUACCUCAAAGGAAGCCAAGAAGGACACAAAGCUUUACUGCAUCUGCAAGACACCUUAUGAUGAAUCAAAGUUCUAUAUUGGCUGUGAUCUUUGUACUAACUGGUAUCAUGGAGAAUGUGUUGGCAUCACAGAAAAGGAGGCUAAGAAAAUGGAUGUGUACAUCUGUAAUGAGUGUAAACGGGCACAAGAGGGCAGCAGUGAGGAAUUAUACUGUAUCUGCAGAACACCUUAUGAUGAGUCACAAUUUUAUAUUGGUUGCGACCGAUGUCAGAAUUGGUAUCAUGGACGCUGCGUGGGGAUCUUGCAGAGUGAAGCAGAUCACAUUGAUGAGUAUGUCUGUCCGCAGUGUCAGUCAACUGAGGAUGCCAUGACAGUACUUAGCCCCUUGACAGAUAAAGAUUAUGAGGGGCUGAAGAGAGUACUGCGUUCAUUACAGGCUCACAAAAUGGCAUGGCCCUUCCUAGAACCAGUAGAUCCAAAUGAUGCACCAGAUUAUUACGCUGUUAUCAAGGAACCUAUGGACCUUUCCACCAUGGAAGAAAGAAUACUGAAGCGUUACUACAAAAAGGUGACUGAGUUUGUGGCAGACAUGACCAAAAUAUUUGAUAACUGUCGUUACUACAAUCCAAAUGACUCACCUUUUUAUCAGUGUGCAGAGGUUCUUGAGUCAUUCUUUGUACAGAAACUGAAAGGAUUCAAAGCAAGCAGGUCUCAUAACAACAAACUGCAGUCAACAGCUUCUUAAACUUUCAUAUUUUACUCUUAAUACACAAAGAGCUGGUUGUCUGAAGCUUUUUUUAACUGAGAAGCCAGAGGUUUUAGUCAGGGUGGCCUGACAAGUCUUGAUGUAAACUGCGUUUUUAUCAGUCACAUCAGAUUAUAUUCUUGGCUAAUUUUGUCCAAAGGACAAAAGAAUGAACAUCAGAUGGCAGCAACAGCAGCGUUUUCUUGUCAAGAUCAAAUUGUGCCGUGGUGGCCGAAACAGGAAAACAUUUUGUCGAAGGACAAGGGAGGAAGCAAGAAACAGUAAAAUGGGGUCACGUACUAACUCCAUGGAAAUGCCACAUCUGUUCUUCAGUGAAGAAGCUGGUUUUAAGUCCACACAGAGAACUUAUGACUGUGUUUAUUUAUUGUCGCAAAAGGACGCUUUUUUAUCGCUGCCCCCACUUGUCAGCUAAUUUUUUUUCUUAUAACCCCCCCCCCCUUUCCCAGCCCUGGUUAUAUGUAACCCAUUCUGUAUCUUACCAUGAUUCCUGUAGGUAAAAGUACAAGAGGACCUCUAGAUGUCUUUUCUUUCUAUGAAAGGAGCUGCUAUGUACACAUGUGCACAAACAAACUGGGAAUCAACAAUGACUUUAUCAUUCAUGGUAGAUAAAAUCGAUUAAGCUUGCAUAAAAGUUGGGCUAAGUGGUCAGUGGACUACAGACUUUGUUGCCUUGAAUAUAACAGUACAAUGUCAUUUACUCAGCGCCGGAUUGAUGAGUAAAAAUCUAUUUGAAGGUAUCUUGUUUGUAAACAUUUGUCAGAUUCUAAUUUUUUUCUUUUUUGUAUUAAAAAAUUCAAAAUAUGGAUGUAUAUGAAAUGAAAUAAAUGGAGAUCAUUGUUCUCUC